AUGUCUCGUUCUUCAUGGUGGAAUUUCAUUUCAACUGACUCCUAUGAAUCUUUCAACUCUGAAGAUAACACUUCCACAAUCGAACAACCUGGCUCAGUGAGUGUCAAAAGUGAAGCGGCUUCUGAUAUUUCGGAGGCUUGCUCAACCUCUUCAACUUUAGUAGAAGAACUUCAAAAUAAUAGUCCGACUUCUAACGCAAUACCAAUACCAAAAAAUCAAAAUAGCGGUUAUAUUAGAGUAUACGAAGAACCAAAAAACAAAUCUUCCUCCUCUUGGAGUUGGUGGUCGUCGAACGGUCGUACUCCGCCUGUUAAUACUCAUCUUGCUGAUACCUCUAUAAAUGGAAUUGUUGAAGAUAAACAAAAGGUUAAUCAUAUUUCAAGACCCAAUACUCCAACUUAUAACAACAAAAAAGGUCAUGGUUUAUCUCCCAUCAAAGAAACAGGGUGCGAAAAUAAACAAUUACAUCAAUCGGUAGAAAUGGUACGAUCAAGUUCAAGAGAGAGAAUUAAAAAGAAGUCCUCGGUUUCUUCUAUGACUACAAUAAAUUCAAAUAGAUUUGGUCCGGAAUUGGAUACUUUAUCAUCAUCUCAUUCUUCUCUAUCUUCAAAUUCAUCUUCAAACCGGAAUUCUUGGUGGAUGUUUGGUGGUGGUAAUAACAAUAGUAAUCACAAUAUCGUUACACGUGAGGUGGUUAAAACUGAUGCAAUACAAAACCCAGAAAUGAAAGAAAUUAAAAAAAUUACAAAUAUUGAGAAUGUUGCAAAAUCAAAUGAAGAAAUUGUCAACGAUGGAGAAAAACAAAAGUCUAAGACUGUAAAAUCUGUUACAAGGAAACCAUCAUCGGAAAUAAGGCGAUGGUCAUUGUUUAACACAUGGUCAUCUUCAACAAGUAAUCUGUUAGAAAAUCCUGACGGUAAAAUAUCACCACCACAUUCAACAAAAGAUUCAACAAAAGAUUCAACAAAAGAUUCAACAAAGGAUUCAACAAAAGAUUCAACAAAAAAUUCAACAAAAAAUUCAACAAAAUCAGAAAAUUCCCCACCGAAUUCUCCUCGUUCAAAAAGCAAGCGUCAACCAAAUCCAUUAGUUCAAUCACUUGGUGAUAAUAGGUCAUCGUGGUUGUAUUUCUUUACGAACGGACCACCAAGUAAUUCGCAAAAUGCCAAAAUAGAAAGGGUAUCAGAAGUUAAAAUGAUUACUGAUGGAAAACAAAAUCCUUCCACUUCAUCUACUUCAAACAAUGAGAGUUUAACUAAUACGAUAAUUCAAACGAAAGUAAUUACUGUAGAGGAAAAAAAACAGCCCGUUAUAGAAUCACCGCCGACAUCAUUUACUUUGCCAAUAUCAAAACCUGUACCAGUUAACGUUGUAUUGCCGAUCUUUGAUGAAUUCAUAAAAAGCAGGCCACGGAAUCUUCCCAAUUCACCAGUUCAACAGGUCCUUCACGCUAUAAAUUCUUAUCUCUUUCCACCAGAUAAGAGUAUAGAAGGCACUUUCCCUAAAUGGCUCGAUGAAAUGACUCGAUCUACUGUCGAUGUAAGACGUAUUGCAAUUAUUGGUGUACACGGAUGGUUUCCUGCGAGAUUUUUGAGAGCCGUCGUUGGUGAACCAACAGGUACAUCACCUAAAUUUUGUGAUAUGAUGGCUAAAGCUUUGUUGGGAUAUCUUUCUCAACAUAAUAUUUCACUUUCAAGUGAUGCGAUCACAUGUAUACCACUUGAAGGGGAAGGCACAAUAGAUACUCGAGAGGAAUUAUUGCAUAGUAAUUUAAUGAAGAAUAAAAGUUGGUGUGAGGCAUUAUUUUCUGCAGAUGUUAUAUUUGUUGCAACGCACUCUCAAGGAACACCCGUUAGCACAAUUUUAAUUUCUCGAUUAAUUAAAGAAUCUCUCAUAAAUGUAAAAAGGCAACGUAUAUGUAUGUUGGCAAUGGCAGGUAUAUCACAUGGCCCUUUUCCUUAUCUAAAAGAUCAUUUGAUUCUAAAAUUCUUUGUUGGAACUGGACGAAGUCCCGAUUCAGAUGCAGCCAGAGAGUUAUUUGAAUUUAUGGAUUCUGAGAGUGAAGUCUCCAAAAAAUAUAGGAAAGCACUUGAUACAGUAAUUCAAAAUGGGGUGAAAAUAGUAUACGUCGCAUCUAUGGAUGAUCAAGUGGUGCCAUUAUAUUCUGGAAUAUUUACAGGAGUUAAUCAUCCAUCAAUUAUGCGUGCAAUUUACAUUGAUGGACCAUUAUAUCAAGAAAAUGAUUUUUUAACAAAUUUAAUUGUAUUUGCUAUACGAUUACGGAACGUCGGUAUAUUGGAUCACGGCUUAUUGGUCCAAUUAAGUGAAGUGAUUGCAGGUUCGAUGACUGGAGAAGUAAGAUAUCUCUUUGAAACAUCACAAUUGAAUAGACGUAAUCUAAGUCUUCAAAGGUUUCAAGCACAACAAAAAAAUAAUCCAUACUAUCUACCCUGGGCAAUGCGUGGAAUUUUAGAAGAUAAAGGAGUCACAGAAAAUCAUAAAUUUAAACAUGAAAUUAAUAAAUUAAGAAAACAAUACGAACAGUGGGAACCUGUAACAAAAGCGAUGAAAGAGAUCAAAUUUCGAUUAGAACCGUUGAGAGAUGCAAUUCUUGGAAGAGCUAAAUUAUGA